CCUCAAGCCUCGUCCAUUUUGGAAGAUGAUUUUUCAGAACUUGACAGUGAACAUAAGCCUUCAAGCCCUGAAGACCUUGACCUUGUCCAACCUUCUGUUUCAGACAUUUUGCUGCAGAGAAUUCACCUAACCUCUACACUGAGAAGAUUAGUGAUAUACUAUGUGAUGUUCAGUUGGAGAGAUCAGGACAUGAUGUGGAAAAAUUGGAAAUUGCACUAGAUUUACCAUGGAUACUUGACCCUUUUGGUGGGAAUACAUCACAGCGACAGAAAGAGAAGUCUCGUGACAGAAAGCAAAAGUGGAUUUUUAAACUCACUGGAAAACCGUUUUGAAAAGGUAGUUAAAUUCUGUGCAGAUAAACUGGGUACAAAGGCUACUGCGGAUGUGUUGGGUAAAUUGGGAAGAGAGACAGGCAUGAAAGAAUACAAUGCAUUAAUACAAGUAUGCAUAAAUAAUGCCAGGAAAACCAAUGAUGAAGAAGUGGCAAUUGAAGAAAUGAGCAAGGCUUUUCGCUUUUUUAGGUUAAUGAGAGAACAAGGUUAUGAACUACGAGAGCAAACGUACAGCCCUUUUCUUGUGUAUUUAAUUGACAUGGGUAUGGUCGAAGAAUUUCAAUUAUUCUGUGAGGUACUCAAAGAUGAGAAUCCCAGUUCAGUUUCAAGAUUGGGUUACUACGAAAUGAUGCUAUGGCUUAGAGUUGAUAACAAGGAAAAGAUUCAGGAUCUUUGUAACUCUAUUGCAGUCAACGAUGGUACAGACUCUUCUGGUUUAGGAGAAAAUUAUCUAUUGGCAUUUUGUGAAAGUGAUUGGAAGGAGGGGCUUUUACAGCUGUUGGAAAUUGUAGACAUAACAAAGCUUUCAUCUACAGAAUCCGCAACAAGUAUUUUUAAAUCAUUGGGAAGGCUAUCCUUGGAAUCGUAUGCGGAAAAGUUCCUUUCAGCUUUCAAAACUUGUGAUGAUGAAGCAAAUAACGUUACAAAUUUCAUUGCCAGUUAUACUGUUAGCCUGCCAAAUUUAGCGGUUGAGGAUGUCAUCUUGAAAUUCAAGGAUUUGCACCAAAAACUGGAAGUUUCACCUUCAUCCUCAUCAUACGCGAAGCUCAUUGUGUAUGCCUGUGACUUACUUGAGGUGCAUUCAGCUCUUAAGAUUGUUUGUGAAAUGUGUGAAGCAGGCCUUACUUUAUCUACCGAGGUGUUAAACUCCAUAUUACGAAGUGUUGAAGAAACAUGUGAAUAUAAUUUGGUCCACUGGAUCUAUUCCUUGAUAUCUCACUACCAUUUGAAGCCAAAUUGUGAAACAUUCAGGUGUAUGAUAAACAUGUGCACCAGGAUGAAAGAUUUUGAAAGUGCUGCUAAGAUGCUUGAUGAUUUGGAGGAAAUGAAUUUGAAGCCUACGUCUAGCAUGUACAAUGCUAUUAUGGCUGGAUAUUUUAGAGAGAAAAAUGUUGAUGAUGCUUUGAGGGUCCUUGAGUGCAUGAAAAAUGCCGGUGUCAAGCCUGAUUCAGGUACUUUCAACCAUUUGAUUGGCAACUCUAAAACUGAGGAGGAUAUAACCAAGUAUUAUGAAGAAAUGUUGUCCAGCUGCCAACCUACAAAGCAGACUUUCGUUGCCCUCGUAACUGCAUACGCAGCCUGUGGACAGUUGGAGAAGGCAAAGCAGGUGGUCUUAGAUCCAGCCAUUCCUCCAAAGAGCUUAAAUGAAAUCAAAUGUGCUCUUCUCUCAACUCUUGCAUCACACGGCCAAUUGUCAGAUUCUAUUCAUAUUUACGAGGAAAUCAAGGAAUCUGGAAACACUCUGGAGCCAAAAGCUGUUAUAAGUCUUAUUGAGGGACACAUCAAAUCUGAUGGGGAGUUGGACAUAUUGUUUCUUCUACUUAAAGAAUUGACUGAUCCAGACUAUUGGGUAGAUGGUUGCUCUCGAAUUAUUAUGUUCUGUGUAGAGAACAAGCAUUUAAGUUCUGCUGUUGACUUGAUCAAGCAACUCAAUGAUAAAGUUCAGGAUAACGAACUACUCAUGGAAGUUCUUUUGGAUCAGGUGUUUUCCAAAAUUGCAUCAUCAGAAUCCACAGAUUUGAAGUUCGGCCUAGACCUAUAUUGGCUGAUCAGAAAAGUACUUGGCAUUGUGCCUUCACGGCAAUGUCUGGACUUCCUUCUAACCGCUUGUGCCAACGCCAAAGAUUUGCAGAACAUUCGUAAAAUUUGGAAAGAAUACCAGCUUGCCGGAUACCCUUUUAAUGUUUUAAGUUACGUGAGGAUGUAUCGAGCUCUUUUGGUUGCAGAAGAUUAUAAAUCUGCCAAUUUUAUACUCAAGAAAAUUCCAAAAGAUGAUCCUGAUGUUCGUCGUGUCGUCAAAGCAUGUCAAAAAACAUGCAAUGGUCGUAUUGCCUUGGAGAAACUUACUAACAAUAUGAAUAAGAAAGAAAAGGAGGAAGAUUUACUUGAUUGAGAAUCAGGGCAAUGCCAUCAAAAUUUUGUAGACCGGUUGAGAAAUGUGUUUCACCGAUGUAGCAGACGUUGUUCAAUUAGAUACAUGAAUUCGGGGGUAUGAUGCUUUUAGAGAUAUAGUUUGAUUCAGUUCAGAAAGUAUAUUGCACUUUUUUUAAGCUUCAAAUGACUAGAUUACACAAAUUAAUAAAUUGAUUAAAAUUAGUUAA